AUGAACGGCGACGGGCUGUAUCGUGGGACACUACACUCCGGCUCCGCGGCGGCUAAAAAGGAGGUGCAGGAGGACAGAGGAGGGAAGAGGAGGAGGAGGAGGAAGGAGGAGGAGGCGGAGGACCUGUCUUCACCACGACGCCGGCUAGGCCACACUCAGGAGGACCAUCUGGUGCACGGGCAGGAAGACGAGGCACCCGAGGGACCUCACUCAUUGUCAAGAAGGAAGAGGCAACCAAAAACUUAUGCGAAGUUCUUGCGCGUAAUGUGGCAACCAAAAACGUGGCCGCAUCUCAAGUAUUGUCUUGACGAUGCGAUGUGCGAAUUCAAGUUGGAGAAGGCGCUUGCAGCUGAACGAUGCGCACACAUCACGUAG